AUGGCUGCCGUUCAAGCUCCAGUCGAGCCUCCGACCACUUCUCGCACACCUGUCUACUUCCUCAGCCAUGGCGGGCCCAACCUCAUGGAAGAUUACGAUCACCCAGCAUACUCCGUACUCCAAACCAUCGGCCGCGAAAUCACCCAAAAGGUCAAGCCGAAAGGCGUAGUGGUCUUUUCCGCGCAUUGGCAAGCCCCGAGCCCGAACACAAUCCUCGUCAGCGGCGCAACGGAAAAGGCAGAAAAUCUCAUCUACGAUUUCGGAGGUUUCCCGGAACACUAUUACCGCGCCCAAUACCCCCACCGCGGCUCCCCCGAACUUGCCGGGAAGGUCCUAGACAAACUGCAAGAGGCAGGCAUCGCGAGCAAGGUGGUCAAGAGAGGUCUGGACCACGGCGUCUGGGUGAGUUUCAUGUGCGCCUUCGACCCCAAGGAGAACCCCCUGGACGUGCCCAUUGUGCAAGUCUCCCUCUUCGAAUCGGAGGAUCCCGACCAACACUACCGUCUGGGCCAAGCCAUUGCGGGCCUCCGUGACGAAGGCUACCAGAUCAUCGGCUCGGGCAUGGCGGUGCACAACCUCUACGAUUUCCGCCGGACGAUGGGCCGACCGGGUGCCGUUCUCGACUAUGCCGUUUCGUUCGACGAGGCGCUACGCGUCGCCGUGGAGGAGCCGGCCCCUGCUGACCGCCAGAAGGCCAUGGCGGAACUGCUCAAGAGACCGGACGCGAGAAGGGCACAUCCGACUUUUGAACAUCUCCUCCCGAUCCAUAUUGCGGCGGGAGCAGCAGGGGAGUCGAAGGGUCGGCAGACGUGGACUUUGCCGCAGGGGUCGUUGAGUUGGGCACAGUAUAAAUUCGAGUGA